AUGGCUGAGAUCGAGUCGUUGCCGACUUUCGGCGCAGAAUUAAAGGAUGGCUUCAAACCCGCGUGCACCUGGGUAGGCCACGAGAUCGCCUGGCUGGACGAGAUACAGCAGUUCUACCGAGAGCGGAGUGCCAUUGAGAAGGAGUACAGCGCGAAGCUAAACGCACUAGCGAAGAGAUAUUUCGAAAAGAAAAAUAAGAGGUCGGCAGUCUUGAGCGUUGGCGAGACUCCUUCUAUGACCCCAGGCUCUUUGGAAAGUGCAUCUCUGACUACCUGGACAACCCAACUCACGACGAUGGAAUCGAGGGCGACCGAACAUGACCGAUACGGCAACGACUUAAUCACCCGAGUUGCGGACCCACUCAAGACUCUAGGACAACGAUUCGAAGACUUGCGGAAACGUCAUAUCGAGCACGCGGACAGGCUUGAGAAGGAGAGGGACUCGUCAUAUUCGGAUCUGCGCAAGAUGAAGGCCAAGUACGAUGCUGUGUGUCAGGAGGUCGAGAGCCGACGCAAAAAGACCGAAUCGUCCUUCGAUAAGGCAAAAGCUCAGAGCCAUUAUCAGCAGCAGAUAAUGGACAUGAACAACGUCAAGAAUACGUACCUCAUCUGCAUCAACGUCACCAACAAGCAGAAGGAGAAAUAUUAUCACGACUAUGUCCCCGAGUUGAUGGACAGCUUACAGGACCUCUCCGAGUUUCGCACCAUCAAGCUCAACGAUUUAUGGACGCUGGCAGCCCAACUCGAGCGAGGCAUGCUUGAACAGAGCCGCAGCCUUAUGGACAACCUUGGCCAGGAGAUUACCCGCAACCAGCCCCAUCUUGACUCCCUCAUGUACAUGCGACACAACGUCGGAUCUUGGCAGGAGCCCCCAGACAAGACGUUUGAACCGAGUCCCGUCUGGCACGAUGAUGCUACCAUGGUUGUCGACGAGAAUGCCAAAGUAUACUUGCGGAAUGUGCUUACAAAGUCUAAGAGUCAGCUCGGAGAGCUGCGGCGCGAGGUUGACAAGAAGAGGCGGGAAGUUGAAAGCCUAAAGAGGGUGAAGCAGAAGGUACGGGAUGGUACCGAGAAAAAGGAUGAAGUGGAAGUAGUGAGGCAGAUAUUUGCUCUCCAGGAGGAGCUGCAUUUGCUUGAUCGCAAGCGCUUGACGGCGGAGGUGGAAACGUCAACUAUUACGACGACAGUUGGUGACGUGACACUUGGAGCGAAAAACCACAAUUUCAAGUCCCAAACGUUCAAGAUACCAACCAACUGCGACCUCUGUGGCGAGCGCAUCUGGGGCCUUUCGGCCAAGGGCUUCGACUGCAGGGAUUGCGGGUACACUUGCCACAGCAAGUGUGAGAUGAAGGUCCCCGCAGACUGUCCAGGCGAAAAGUCGAAAGAGGAACGCAAGAAGCUUAAAGCAGAGCGUCAAGAGGCAGCCAACGCGCUAUUAUCUCCACCCACAGGACCGCCGGCGCACGUGGCCGAGCUUCCAGAUCUAACGAGGUCGAAUACAAUGACGUCGUUAAGCUCUGGAUACGCAGCCAGUGCCAACAGAUCUGUUUCUAUUUCCGGUACGGCUUCGAGGCCACUUUCGUCCUCGGAGGAGAACAUACCCGAACUCGCUAGCCCGCGAACAUCUUUAAGCACCACCACCACCACCGCUACGGGCGGGGCCCGCAAGAACCGAGUCGUUGCGCCGCCUCCGACGUCUUAUAUUAGCGAGCUUCCUGGCUCAACCGACUUUAACUCCAAGAAACCGGAGCAGAAGGGCAAGAUGCUGUUCGCCUUCCAAGCAAACGGCGAGGGAGAGCUUACAGUUCCCGAAGGCCGCGAGGUUGUGCUGCUCGAUCCGGAUGAUGGAAGCGGUUGGGUGAAGGUCCGUGCUGGGUACAAGGAAGGCCUCGUCCCUGCUACAUACGUUGAAUUCUCAGCUGCCACUCCAAUAGCGCCACAGACUACAGGGCCUUCGGGCCGGCCGUCAUCCGCGUACUCCAACUCGGGAUCAUCCAUAGGGGGCGCUUCACUACAACCUAAGAAGAAGGGACCUGCGGUAGCGCCGAGACGGGGUGCAAAGAGACUCAAAUACGUUGAAGCACUGUACGAGUACACAGCGCAGAGCGAAUCGGAGCACAGCAUGGUAGAGGGUGAACGCUUUGUCCUCAUCAAGGAUGACCCGGGCGACGGUUGGGCCGAGGUAGAAAAGGGUGGCGUCACCAAGAGCGUGCCCGCAAGCUACGUCAAGGCGGUCUAG